CGUACUUUGUCGCUCGCGCUGGUAUCCUUUCUCCUACAAUAAAACUGUCCAUAGAUCUCACAUUCGCGCGAAAUCAGCUCAAACCAGCUCUCCUUCUGACAAGUUUGACAUUCGCCUGCGCCCCCGUUUGUCUCUAGCAAGUUUGUUUUUUGCAACUUUAGUAGUUUUUUUACCACAGCUUUGUCUCCACGAUAGCUUCGCAAGUUUCCAAUUCAUUGUGUAAGACUUCGCAACUACCACCAGUAUCACUGCGCUUUAUGUAUGGCAUGGCAAGUGCUCCCACUUUCGUGGAGCAGACAGUUUUCGAAACACGAAACUCGUCAGAAAGCCGAAGCCGAAUCCCUCUUUUUGUGCUAGCGGUCACCGCAAUUGCGCCUCUGAUAUGGGUAGGCAGGGCGAUUUUGCUUCCCGGAAUCGCUCGCACAUGCCUGCGGUUUAGAGAGGAUAGCGGGGCCACGACCGCAGUGGCAGCAGCACGAGCGUCGACAUCAAGAGAAAAGCCCGCGCGCAUCUCGCAGUACCAACGGGUCGUCUGUCGUUGGCUGCAGGACACGCAACCACAACUGCCAGUGCGCUCUCCGACAAGUUUUGCUGUUGAAGAACAACGGAAAUCAGUCAACCCGGCAUCGCGCUCGACCAGCGCCCGCAGUUUUGUCCUUUUCGACCUGGAAUACAAUGGAGGGUUCUCCAAAGAACGGAGCGACUCCUCCAUGCUGGUCAUCCAGAUCGGCGCAGUCAAGGUAGCGCCGGUAGGAGAUCUUUCUCACGACAAUCCGAAGCCGACGUUGAAGAUCGUCGACAGCUUUUCCGAACUAAUUCAGCUGCCAAAGCGCCCUAGUAGUGAGGGGGCGCCCCUCGACUCCACACCAGAUGCAGAGAGGCAGCGAACAAGAAUCCGGUUGGCGCCGCACCUCCCGAAGCUGACCGGUAUCACAGAGGAGGCUUUGGCGACGGAUGGACUGUCCUUUGAGGAGGCAAUUGUGAAAUUUAAGCACUUUUGCACAGGCAGCUUCUCGUCGGCAACUACAGGACAGAGUGAUAAAGACUUGCACUUCUAUCUUCCCCUCUACCAAUACGGAGCAGACGUGCAUCUUCUCCGCUACAACUGGAUUUUCUUCCUCCUGCGCUCAGUGGGAAAUGGAGAUAGAGGAAAGAUUAGUUCAAAGGAGAAGAUCGCCGUGACGAAGUGGUUAUUUCCGGCACUGACGAAACACGAUGUUGGUACAACAACCUCGGUGCAGACCACGAGUAGAACAAGAUCCACCCCAGGGUACGAACGGUAUCGUCCGUUUCUCGAAGCUUUUCUAGAAAUAGCGUCCCAGCAGAAAGAACAGACGGAGAACAUUCGAUCCAAACUCGCAACCUUAGACGUCGCAGGGUUUGCGUCUUUUUUCGAAGGCAGCGUGAUGAAGAUGGUAGAUGAAGAUCUGAAUAGCCGGUUUCGAAAUCUGCGUCCAAUCAUUGCCGAAUUAGCGUUGAAAAAUAGGGUAACGGAAAUAAUAGCACCACCGUCCUCAUCGGCAACAGAACUCGAGCCGGAGCUGCAUAAGCAUAACCCAAUCUCGAAGAAAAAAUACACCGCUGGGAGUGUAUACAAGGCUCUCGGGGUCUCUGAAACGAGGUUCAACGCUACCCUACAGGAAGUUAUCUCCAUGAAACAAGGCGCAAGCUUUCGAAAGCAGAUUCACGACGGGUGUUACGACUCUGUGUCCUUGUUUCUAGCAUUGGACAGAUUGUGGGACUUGAACAAAAAUUCUUGCAGGGCAGAUGAACACAACGCGAAUGUUAAUACCACUAUUUCCGACGGCAUCGUAGGUUCCAAAGAUAAAAACGGGAGAUUUGGUCAAGAACAAAGGAGAAU